CUGUUUAUGUUGGUAUGUUGCGUCAGCAUUUGAUUACUAUUGGUUGUAUUUCUUUUAAAAUCGGAUUUCGUAGCUUACUUUGUAAUUACAUCCUCGCUAUAAAUCAAGUUUGCUUAUCGUAAUUACAGCGUUUAAAAACUGAAACUUAUCUUCCUACGCAUAAUUUCGUGCGUGUCGUUAGCUGAUGAUUAUCUCUCCAAUUGGCUUACUGCACGUAAGCAUAGUGCACAUAAGUUGAAUGGGAUGACACAUCAAAAUAUUCUCAGUGUAGAUUUGUAUGUAAUACUGAGUAUAAUAUUACGUAAUCGAAGAUUUAAAUGUGAGAAAUGAAGUUUUUCUUUGUACUGCUGUCUGUUCUUCAGUUUUCUGGAAUUUUCUGUGAUCUGCAAAUGCGCAAUGGGAUGUCUACACGUUCAGUUAAGGGUGACUUUCCUCAUCUAAGGUUGUGAAGUAAAGGUGUUACUGAAAUUUGUAAUAUUGCUUUCGCUGCACUGAUUAUUUUUCAAACACAAUGCAUCCUAGCCGCAGAAGACAGCCCGGUAUGGGACUGAUGUUGUUAUUUUAUCAGUUAUUUGGUGUGAUCGGGAUUGACAGAAUUCCACCGGUUACGUUAGGUAUUAUAGGACUUCAAGUAGCGUCAUUUUUAAGACUUUUUAGAGUACCGUGGUAUGAUACUCGCCAUGCAUGUGUAAGUGCGUAUAAGGUGUGGAGAAAGAAAGAAUACAUGCGUUUGUUAUAUGCAGCAUUUGAACAUGCCGAUGAUUGGCAUCUUUAUUACAACAUGUGUUCAUUUGCAUUAAAAGGUCAGUCUCUAGAAAGAAGAUUUGGUAGCAAGCGAUUUUUGUACAUCAUUUCAGUUUUCACAAUUCUGACAAAUGUUGUGUUAGUGGCAUUACAUCUGCUGGCAGGAGAAUUUUUCAAAGAAAAUGGUAUUGAGGAUCAGUGUGCGAUUGGAUUUUCGGGUGUUAUAUUUGCAUUAAAGGUACUAACUACAUAUUAUGAUCAUAAUUAUGCUCAACAAGUUAUGGGUAUACCAAUAAUUGUAUCAGCAAGAUAUGCAGUAUGGUUAGAAUUACUACUAAUACAGAUGUUUGUUCCAAAUGCUUCCUUCUUUGGACAUUUAGCUGGAAUAUUAGUUGGAAUGGCAUAUGUCAAAGGACCUCUCAAGUAUUUUAUGGAUUUGUUAUACUCUUUAAUAAGCAAAAUUAUUUCACCAUCUCCAACACCCCGAUUUACUCCUCGUGCAGAACCAUCGGGAUAUGCAAGUGCAAGUUAUAGAGAAUAUGUACCUUCUGGUAUGAGUGAGGAGGAGCAGUUAAGGAGAGCCAUGGAAGAAAGUCUUCAUGAAGAUCCCCAUUCAUCUCAUAAUAAUGUACCUCCUUAUUCCACUUCAUUUCAUUCUGGUUACUCUGCACCACCGCCACCUGGUUUUUUUUUUGAUAAUGCUUCACCACCUCCCCCAGGUUUUAUGCCUGAUACUGAAGAAUUACGUAAUAGACGACAGGCUCAUUUUAUGAGUCGUUAAAUUGUGGACAUGCGUGAUAAUUAUUACUAACAGCAGUGAACAUAUGUUUUUGCAUGUUGACAUUGUUUGAUACAGUGUAACAUAUUUUAUUGAAAUGACACUGCUCUCCUUAAGGAAAAAAUAAUAAGGUAUAUUUAUUUGUUACAAAUGUUAUACUCUCAACGUACAUUUUUUAAUCUGGCAAUUACUUUGGUAAUUAUUUUAAUUUACUGCAUUCAGCUGUAUCUGUGUGUGUUUAUAAGUGUAACAUUCUAAAGUAUUAAAUGUAAAAAUACAGAGUAAUGUACAGUGUAAUAAUUCCAUCGACUCCUAGGGAUACUGUGUAAAAAUAUAGUAUAAUAAUUUUGUCUACUUCUAGAGAUAUAUUUUGGUAUGCAGCUUGUAUUUUUAUAAUAGUUUAUUAUGCUAUACAAACAUUUGCAGUACAUAUACUUUAUUAUUUUUUAAAUAUUUAUAUUAGUUUAAGUAUAAAAUAAGCAAGGUGAUCUGUGCACUCUUAAAUGUAAAAAUUCUGUUUGUCUUAGAUAGAUCCUUCCUUUGCCACUGUGCCUUUUAAUUUAGUUUUGCUGUUGCGUUUAACAUUAAUAAUGUUUGAAUUAAUGUAUUAAAUAACUUAUUUAUGCCAGAAGUCAGUGUGUGUUAAGCAUUUUACACAGAUAAUGAAUGUAAUUAAAAAAAUAUUAAUUAUUACUAGAAGUGUGUGAAAAGUUAUAAUCCAUCUUGUAUUCAUUUUACUGUAGAAAAUGGAUUAUUUGAACUUUAGCAAAUCAUAUGAAUAUUGAAAUAUAGAAUGCAGAAUUAAUAUUGACUCUUCUGGUAAAAUGCUUUUUUUAUUUAUGAUUUUCCCUUUCCUCCUCUGAUUUGUUCAUUUUUGUUUUCAUAAACAUCAUUUAGUUAUAUCCAAUAUUAGGUUUAAUCUUAUAUCAUACCUACAUUGUAAAGUAUUUUUUUAAUGCUUUAAAAUGUUAAGUCUCAGUAUUUAUUUCAUUUAUAAAUUAUUUUAUCAGAUGAAAGUUUCGUUUAUAAAUCUUGUAAGGAACAUUUAUUGUCAGUUCUUUCUAAAGAGAAAGUUUAAAAACAAGGUGUACAUUGUAAAUUUAAAAGAAUAAUUAAAGGGAAUCCUUCAAUUGUAAUUUCCUCAUUAGGUUGUUUAGAAAGUAGUUUCGUUUUUUGUCAUGAAAAGAAAAUUUUUUCGUGUAAUAUGUUAAUAUUUUAUUGAAUUAUAUAUUGACCAUUUUAGUCCAAUA